UGAGAGCCGAUAGAGGAAGAAUCACCGUGGGUGCAGUUCAUGUUAGCCUGAACGUUACUGUUAGCAGGCAGCGCUGAUAAGUGAUUUCGUUGUGUGUAAUUAUAAAACAAGUUUCUUUUUACUAAACCAGGAUUAAGAGUUGUAACCGAGGCUCUCCAACGACUGUUUCGCCAAGAUGAGCUUCCUGUUUGGCAGUCGCUCAUCUAAGACCUUCAAGCCGAAGAAGAACAUCCCGGAGGGCUCCCACCAGUAUGAGCUGCUGAAACAUGCUGAAGCAACACUGGGCAGUGGGAACCUGAGGCAGGCUGUCAUGCUGCCAGAGGGAGAGGAUCUCAAUGAGUGGAUUGCUGUCAACACGGUGGACUUCUUCAACCAGAUCAACAUGCUGUACGGCACCAUCACCGAGUUCUGCACUGAGACCAGCUGCUCUGUGAUGUCUGCUGGGCCAAGAUAUGAGUAUCACUGGGCUGACGGCACCAAUAUUAAGAAGCCCAUCAAAUGCUCUGCGCCCAAGUACAUCGACUACCUGAUGACCUGGGUGCAGGAUCAGUUGGAUGAUGAGACACUUUUCCCCUCCAAGAUUGGAGUUCCCUUUCCCAAGAACUUCAUGUCUGUGGCCAAAACCAUCCUGAAGCGUCUGUUCAGGGUUUACGCUCACAUCUACCAUCAACAUUUUGACUCUGUGAUGCAGCUGCAGGAGGAGGCCCAUCUCAACACCUCCUUCAAGCACUUCAUUUUCUUUGUUCAGGAGUUCAACCUUAUCGACAGGCGAGAGCUUGCUCCUCUGCAGGACUUGAUUGAGAAGCUUGGAUCUAAGGACAGAUAGACAUUUCAUCACAUAUCUCAUUUUUUUUAACAGUUUCCUUUUCUCCUUUGUCCCUCUUUGUGACCUCUGCUACCUCUAUGACUUCUAGUCUCAACUCUUCAAAUCUGUGCCUUCUUCCUUUCAUUUCCUGAAUGUUUGUACUGUAUUUUUCCUUUUAUUCCUUCUGUUGUCUUUUUAUGCUGUCUUUGAGCCUUUUUCCAUUUUGCCACUCUAGAUCUAAAAUAGUGUAGUGUAGUAAAAAUAUUUUCACAGGACUGUGUGGUUAACGACUCUGUAAGAGCAACCUACUGAAUUUUAUAUUGGACCAAGGACAUUUGGAAGUUAAAGUGAAAACCAGCUUUUUUUCCUAAAACUUUUUAGUUAUUGAUAGAUAGGCUAUUUUCUUUUUUUUAACUUUUAGCUAUUGCAAUUGCAUUGACUGACCAAAUAUCCCAAUCUUAGAUUUUUUUUUAAAUGUCUGUCAUUAGUGUACAAUGCAGAGUAACAGGAAAGAUGGCAAGAAAAGUAGUGACAUGAAACAGGUCUUGGGUGGAUUUUUCACCCAUGACAAUACAAGGGUGGAAGGUGUUUUCAGUCUAACAUGAAGGCAGGCGGAAAAAUGCAUAGCAUAUAGCUCUGUGUCACAAGCUGGUUGAUACAGUGAAUGUGAUAUCCCUCAUAUGUUAACAUGCUUCCGAUUGAUAUGCUCUUCGACACAAUUACGUGUUGUGUGAGAUGUCUUUGUUCUUGCCCCACAAAAAGGCCACCACUAGCUACAUUAUAGGUAUUUCAAUUUGGUCAUGCAAUAUUGUUUUUUGCACAUUUUUUGGCUAUUUUCUUAAUUAAAAUAGUAAAAUACGAGAUAAAGUGCUUACAAUGAUGUUUUUAAUCUGCUUUAUAGUUAUAUUAAUAGCCACUUAAAACUAGUAUAAUGACUUUAUAUUGGAGUUGUAUAGUAGAAAUAAUCCUAUCAACAGCAAAAGUAGCCUAAUGUGAAUUUUUAGUUUUACUGUCAUUUCAGUUCAUUUCUGUGGUGCCGAUUAAUUGUGGAACUCUUCGUGUUUGUUCUUUCAAUGCUGGUACUUUUUUUUUUUACCAAAUAUUUUUCCCCUGGAUUGGAAAAUGGAAUAAUAACUAUUGCACCUGUGAACGAUAAGGAUGAGUGACCUGAGAUGUAUGUAGUUUUUCGACGAGAGAAGCCUUCAUUACUCUUGGUGCAUGUAUAAUUAUCAUGGUCAUUUCCUCUGCUUAACUCAGGCUCCAACAGCAGGGCUGUUUGUAUUGCCAUCCUUUUAAAAACAGAUGCAGCUAGUAUUUCUGAUUAAUGUCUUGUUUGGCAAAGAUUGAACAAGGGAAUUGGUCCAUAACCUAUUUCAUGUUGUGUCUAAAUUCAUAUCAGACAAUCAUGUAAGCAAUUAAGAGCUGUUAGAUUCCUUGAAAGCAUCACGAGGAACCAGCCAAUGGGUCUAGAUGCAGUAGAGUAUUCAUUUUUAAAAUUACCACUUUGUAAGAAAGACUGUUCCCAAGCGUUGUUGAAAGUUGUUCAAUAAUGUAAAAAAAUAUGUGUAAUUCACUGAUUUAUCUACUUUUAGGCCCUCAUGUUGCUUGGUAAAAAAAUCAAGCCAGCAUCAAUUAUGUUACUCAUUUAUGGGCAUAUCAAUAUAUUUUGCAGGACUGAUUUAUUUUACAGACUUUAUUUGAAUAUAUAAUUAGUACUUUCUUUCAGUCUACUCACGUUUUUGAAAUGUAUUGCUUUUUCUCACAAUUUUGUUUUUAAACAUGUGGCAUGGAGUUACAUUUCAUAUUACAUCAUAAAAUAAAUUGUUGACUCAACCUUUUUAAAUAAGGAACAAGGGCUCGGAAAUGAAUUAAAAGUUUUAUAUAUUUACGAUAAUGGUCCAAUCAUUGUGUGGUCAUUUUGACUUGGAGGAGGUGCAAGGAUGUAAAGUAUAUACUGCGUCCAAACAUUUGCUGUAAAUAAUAUCAGUGUUUUAUCUGAACAAAACUGUGCCUUACAAAAAUGAAAAUGUCUGACAUUGACAGUAUUGGUAGAUCAAAAACUCAAUAAACACUGAAAGGACAA